AUGGCACUGGACGACAACGAAGCGCAGAAGCAAAUCCAGCAGAUGGUGAACUUCAUCCUGAACGAGGCCAAGGACAAGGCACACGAAAUAGAAGCGAAAGCGCUGGAAGAUUUCAACAUAGAGAAGCUACGCAUUGUUCAAAAAAUGAAGGAAAAAAUACGACUGGAGUUUCAGAAAAAGUCCAAACAGAUGGAAAUUAAGAGAUCGAUAAGCAGAUCCUCCGCCAUCAAUAAAGCUCGUUUAAAAAAAAUGUGUGCGAAAGACCAAGUGUUUAAGGAAAUAUAUAAAAUAAGCAGCGAACGACUUGGAGAAUUGUACAAGGAUAAAGACAAGUACAGGAACUUGAUCAUCGACCUCAUUGUCCAGUCGCUCUUCUACAUGCAGGAACCUCAUGUCAUUGUCCGAUGCAGGAAUGUAGAUAAGUCCAUCGUGGAAAACUGCCUCAAUGAUGCUGUGCAAAAAUACAACGAUAAGUUGAAGAAGCAGUUUAACGUUACAAAGAGCGUUAAAAUUGAAGUUGACAAAACUGGGAACUAUUUACCUCCCCCUCCAACCAGUGAUAAUGAGGGAAACUCCUGCCUCGGAGGAAUAAUCCUCACCACGCCGAAUAGGAAAAUAAACUGUGACAACACGCUGGACGUUCGUUUGAAGCUUGCCAUUGAGUAUUGCACGCCGGAAAUUAAACGAAUGUUCUUUGAGACGACCUGA